CAAUGAACAAGUAAGUAUAUUAAUACCUAAUCAAAGAAGUGAUAAAGCUAAAGUCAAGCAUAAAGUGUCCUGCUCUACAGUAAAUCUUGCUGAAGUUAGUUAUAGAACGACUACACCCUCUGAUAGUUACCAAGUUCUUGUCUUAACUCCACAAAAUUCAGAAGAAACUAUCGGAGAGAUGGUGCAUCGAUUUUUACGGGGUAAGCUUAGUAUUAGGGAUAUAAGAGCUGAAGCUUAUGCCUUAGCCCUAUUGGCAUUAAAUGCUAAUGCUGGUUCAUCGCGUCUUUCACGACUCAGAAGAGAAUUAAGAAAUCUCGGU